AUGCCUACGCAGCUGGAUCGAGCUCUGAAUUCCAAGAUUGAUGGCAGCAAAUAUCUAACACAUCCAACGCCAGGCUUCGCAGGUAUGGUGACCGCGGUUGCUGCCUGGUCUAUUUGGGGAACCGAUGUCUUUCCCGCCGAAGAAGACCCAACUGGCAGUAAGUUAUUAUCCGAAUUCAAGUACUCUCUUUACAAGAAAAGGAGAUGUGUGAUCGAAUGCAUUCUGAUGACAAAAGAUCCCGAAAACUGGACUGAGGAUGAACUGCGGCGAUGGCUGCGCGCGAGGGCAUUGUUGCCUAGUGAAAAUGCGACGCGCGAGGACUUGCUGGAAAGGGUCAAAGCGAACAUGCGGAUUCCGCGCACUUCUCAGUCAGCAGCGACGAAGUGA